AUGUCUAUGAAAAAAACCAAAAGAAAGAAGCAGACAUUGAUUAGAACCUUCUCUUUUACUCUUUGUUCCUUUUCUUCUUCUUUCUUCUCUUUAUUAUCUUUCUUACUCUCUGCUUUUCCCCUCACCUCUCUUUUCUUCUUUUUCUUUCUAUUGCUUUUCUACUCUCUUUUUUACCCACUUUCUCUUCCUUCGUCAUUCACUUUCUAUAUUUUCCUGGGGGGAGGUCACCUUCUUUGCCUCCUUUCCUCUUCUCUUUCAUCACUCCCUUACUUUUACAACUACUUCCCUCAGUUUAUAUUCCUCUUUCUGUUCCCAACAAUCUCUUAUUUAUCAUACCUUGUUAACAUUCUUUGUCUUUCAAUCUCUCUAUCUUUCAACUUCCCUCCUCCUCUCUCCAUGUCUUCAUUCAUUUCUCUUUUUCUGUUUCUCUCCAUCUUUCUACCUUCCUCCACUUAUCUUCUCUUCCUCUGUUUCUCUUUGUCUUCCUACCUUCCUCCUUUUCUCUUUCUCUCUCUCUCUUUUUUUUUCCUUUUCGCUUUCUGUUUCUCUCUGUCUUCCUCCUUUUCUCUUUCUCCAUUUCUCUGUCUUUCUACAUUCUUUCUCUUCUCUUUCUCUGUUUCCCUCUGUCUUUCUAGCUUCCUCCUUUUCUCUUUCUCUGUCUUUCUAAUUUCCUCUUUUUCUCUUUCUGUUUCUCUCUGUCUUUCUACCUUCCUCCUUUUCUCUUUCUCUGUUUCCCUCUGUCUUUCUACCACCUUUUCUCUUUCUCUGUUUGUCUCUGUCUUUCUACUUUCCUCCUUUUCUCUUUUUCUGUUUCUGUCUUUCUACCUUCCUCCUUUUCCCUUUCAAUGUUUCUCUGUCUUUCUACCUUCCUCCUUUUCCCUUUCUGUUUCUCUCUGUUUUACAACCUUCCUCCUUUUCUCUUUCUCUGUCUUUCUCUUUGUCCUUCUUCCUUUUCUCUUUCUCAUUUUCUCUGUCUUUCCAACUUCUACCUUCUCUAUAAAUCUUUUUAAUCUACCUUCUUCACCCAACCCAUAUCUUUCAACUUCCCUGCUUUUCUCUCUCUUUCAACCUCUCCCUUUCACCCUCUCCACCUUUUUCAACUUUUCUUUCUUGAUCUUUGAAACUUCCUCCUCCUCUGUCUUUCAACCUCCCUCAUUCCCUUUUACCCUCUCAUAUCUCUUUAAACCUCUUCUUUGUAUCUCUUUCUCUUCAUGUUCUUAA